CGCAACGAGAAGCAAGCGAGAGAGAGCGUGAGUUGAGAGACGGAUGGGGACGAGGGACGACGCGGUGAUCCUGCGGGCCAUCGCGGUGCUGCUAUGCUCCGCCUGGAUCCUCGCCGCUGGACCGCCUACCGCGGCGGCGCUGUGGCUGAGCCUGCCGCCGUCGGCCACGAAGUGCGUGUCGGAGGAGAUCCACGCCGGCGUCGUUGCCCUGGCCGACUACGCCGUCGUCCAUGAUGACGAUCCUCAAAGCAUGCCUACCAUCUCCGCCAAGGUGACAGCACCCAACGGGGACACACUUCAUCACAAAGAAAAUGUUACGAUGGGCGAAUUUGCUUUUACCACCAAUGAACCAGGGACAUAUCUGGCAUGUUUCUGGCUCGAUGGUGCUAACAAGGGCAUUGGAGCAUCCGUUAGCAUCAACUGGAAGAUCGGGAUUGCCGCAAAGGACUGGGAAUCAGUUGCUAAAAAGGAAAAAAUUGAGGGUCUCGAGCUUGAGCUGAGGAAAUUAGAAGAGGCUGUCGAGGUGAUCCAUGAAAAUUUGUUGUAUCUCAGGAGCAGGGAAGCAGGAAUGAGGGAUGUUAGUGAGAGGACGAACGGUCGAGUUGCAUUGUUCAGCGUUAUGUCCCUCGCCCUAUGCAUUGUAGCUUCUGUUUUGCAGUUGCGGCACCUAAAAGGGUACUUUCACAAGAAGAAGCUAAUCUAGAUCUGUAGUUUACUUUUGAUUUUUGAUGGUAUUUAUUUUGCCUUUUUUCCAUAAGAUUUCAAACUGCAUAUCAGUGUGUUCUUUUACUUUUUUGUGAGUUGUAAUUAUAAGAUGGCCUUCGAGACUGGCAGACGCACAUAGAUCGUUCUGGUUUCUUGCUUCCAACAAUGGUUCUGUUUCUU